AGAGACAGAGAGAGAGCGAGAAGGGGAUGGAGGAGUGUAGUGGUUCCCGGUUGGCAUGGUGCACGCGAAAAAGCCAAACGAAAAACACAUUUUCCAGGCGCACUGCCAGACUCGCUGCCUGUCCGUCCGGAACUGUUGGCCAAGUUGGAGCCUCCUGGCCACGUACUUGCGUCUUACGAAAUACAAAAUCAAGGAUAGCCCAUCACGAGGAUCAACCGACGAGCUUCAAGAUGAGUUUGCUGCUGAAGCGAAGAUCGCGCAGCGAAACACGGCCCAUCGAGAGCACGGAGAAGGCCAAACAAACGGAUACGGAGAAACCGGACAGGAAACUGGAAAAACCGACGCAUGCCACCCGAAAUCCUCACGCCAGUGAACAGAAUCUGAACAAGCUUGGUCUAAUAUCGAGCGGAUUGGGGAUGGGAAGGCGCAAGACCUCCGCGGAGCUCAUUAGCGAGGCGAAGAUGUUCCUGGGCGAGGGUCCGGGACCGGCGGUGCCCCUUCUGGCCACCGGAGGCGCCCGGUUGGUCAGCACCCGGAGGCCCAUCACGCCCCGGGAGUCCGGCCGUGUCCUGUACGGAAAAGUAGCCCUCGCAGGUCGACCUCCCAGUGCCUUUUCAAUGAGGUAUCUACAGAAUGAGAAGCCCAUGACUCCCCGCCAGCUACCAGCUCUGGGUGGUUCUGGUCCUGCCACGCCUAUGCCCACCCGAAACGGUGCCCUGCUCUGCCAGUCCAACACCGAGACCCUGAUCGAGCUCCUCAAGCAGCACAGUGGCCUCAAGGACUGCAGCGACGAGACAGUCCAGCACAUCAAUGGAAUCCUUCAGGAACUCUAUACGCGUGUUAGGAAGCAGGAACGCGGCUGCAAACGUGGCUUUAUCCUGGGCGGCCUAUAUGGCUUGGUGGAAUGCAGUUCGCCGCGUGUCCUUUUGGCUGUGGCUCGUGUGGUUUUGGCGUUAAGAGUCACUGGCAGCAACCUAACCGGAGCCUGCAAGUUGAUCUUCAAGGUGGCCAGGAACGAGCAGCACGACGGACUCUUUCACGAGCACGAUGUCCUGGAGCUGCUCAUCGAUGGCUUAGGUCACGCCUCGCCUCUGGACGAGCCGGAGGCCUGCAUUUAUGCUUACGGAUGCAUACGGUUUCUCACCGCCAGCAGUGCCCAGGACCGAGAUGAUGCCCUCAACCGGAAUUGGAUCGGUGGAGAGGAGAAACAGCCAUCGGUGGAUAACCAGCCCGCUAAUCUGGCUGUUUCCAAGCCUGCUCCUGUGUGUCCUCGCAAGCUGACCGGUCAGCAAACGCUGGUCUCCCGUUUGGCGCGCCACGGGGCCGUGGAACUUAUGAUCCUGCACCUGCAGAUGCUGAACGAAGCCGGCGCCACCAAGAAGCUGCAAGGACCGCCUCUGCACACGCUCUACCAGCUGUCGGCGGCCAUGCGCGCCCUGGCGGAUGUGUCCCAGCAGCAGCAGCGUCUCCAGCUCCAGCUGGCCUGCCCGCAUCUCAUCCGCGCCGCCGAGGUUUCCAUGGGCGAGCUGGAGGUCCAGGCCAAUGUAGUGCGCACUUUGAGUGUCCUCUCGGAGGAUACAGAUUGCUGCGAAACCCUGCACAACUAUGCGGCCAGGAUUGGUCUGCUUCUGGGUCCUUCCUGCGCCGGCGGGCAGUGCAACGAACGCCUUCUGGCGGUUCUCAGUCGCUUGGGUUAUAUGCUGGGCAAUAUUCUGGCCAAGCACGAGACAGCUCGCAUACAGUACUUUCACAACGAUGUGGCCAUGGAGUAUCUUCUGAAUGUCCUGGAGCAGCUAAAUGAACGAACCUCCACCAGUGUGUCCCUUUUGGAUGCCCAGAUUAAGCUGAUCCGAGUGGUGGCCAAUAUGAGCGUGAAUCCCGAAGUGGGAGCUGCCUUGGGCAACGUUCGAUCCUUGGGCGCCGUUCUCUUGGAGAUUUUAAGAAAGUCCAGCGAAGCCUUGGAGAGGAAAAAGACCCCGGAGCAGCAGGAACUACUGCACGCCACGUUGGGAGCCCUCCACAAUCUGUGCUUCUACCAGGACAAGCAGCCGGCGGUUCAGCCUCUGGCCGUGGGAUCGCUCCAGAGCCUAAUCGAUGACCUGUCCGCUUCACUGGCCAAGGUCCUCAGCUCCUGCCCUGCGUCCGUGACCAAAGUGGAGCUGGCCAGGGUUCUGGGGAAUCUCACGCGCAACGAACGAGCCAGGAGGUGCUUCUGUGGCGCCGGUGGACUACCCCUGAUGGUGCAACAGCUCACCAAACAGGCGGCUGGACAGGAUUACGAGCUGCGUACGUGUGCCAUCGGAGUGCUCGUCAAUCUCCUGGGAGACGGCGAACAGCGCGGCCCUUUCCUGCAGCUGCGGGGAGCGGAACUGCUGUCUCUACUGCUGCGCGGAUCCCUGGAGCAGGAGGACUGGUUUCUGGCCAACAUCGUCUGCCAGGCCCUGUGGAAUCUCCUCAUCGACGGACAGUGUGCCGCUACUCUCUGCCAAAGUGGCAGCAUUCUGGACGAGGUGAGCGAUCUGCUGGCCGAUUAUCUCGAUGAAGAUCGAUUACAAUCGGGCGACAACGACGACGACGAUGACGGUCCGGAACGAGAUGCAGAUCCGGAAGAGAACGAGCGGGAACGGGAGCCGGAGGCGGAUACAGAGCCGGAUGCCUUGUGGGAGGAUUUCGCUUUGGUGGCCACCGAUUUGCUGGAACGCAUCCAAAACAACUUCGAUAGGCAUCAGGUAUCGCAGCCGUCGUCGGUGCCAUCGCAUACCGAUAACGAUGACGAUAAGGAUGUGUUUAUCGAGGAGAUGUAGUAGAUGUUCUCGUUCAAUAGUUUCUAGUGUUUCUAUGUGUUUUUUGCUAAUCCGUAAUUAUUAUAAAA